GGAAGAUCAACGUCAUUUGUUUGUAGAGAUAUAUCCGAAUGCUGCAAUUACAACCACAACGCCUUGGGAAGGAACGGGUCUUUAUUAAUUCAGCUAUCUCCUAUUAAGUCACUGGGCACAUGCGAAAAUGGCACCAAUCCAGCACCCAAGCCCAUCCAAGGCCUUCGAACUUGCCUCCAAAUAUGCCACUCUCUUAAGGGUCCUCUUCUACCACCCUCGAUUCAAGUAUGCGCAGCCCCCUACACCGGAAUUCAUCCGCCCUGAUGGCGAGAAGACACCAGUCGCCCUGCUCCUGGUCUCGGAUUUCGUCCAAAGAACAUAUGUGGAUAAUGUGAUUCCCUUCCUUCCUGCAGGCGCUACUCGCAAAUGCAAAGCCAUUGGCAACCCUUGGGCGCAGCAUGAUCCCAACUACCAGUGGGAGUGGGAGUGGGAUGCGCGAGCAGGAGUAUUCAAGGAUGCAAGCGGAAGCGUCAUUGGGAUGCCGAUACUUGCCGAGAACGAGGCAAUGAAGAAUAUUGGUGAUGUGACCACACGGACCCUAAUGGCGAAGAAGUGUAUCCUGGAGAAUGGUACCGACGUGAAGGCAAGGUUGAUCAUUGGGGGUAACGCUUUUGAUUUUGGGGAGGUCCAGAAGGCAAUGAGAGACAUUGAUGAGCUCGACGUCUGUUGAGCUCGCAGCGAAUAAGCCCAUUUAGGAUGGCGCCAGGAUCCAAACUUGGCGGGCGGAGAAUAUAUCGGGUAUAGCAUCACUCAAAAGACCAUUCGCAUGACAGCAGCAUCACAACUGCGAGCUGUAUCUAUGGUAGAGCGCAGGGCUCAAGCGAAUAACCUUCAUGACAUCAACACUUGCAACCUUGCGAAUUGAUAGUAAGGGCACGGGCUAAUAGAUUAUCAUGAAGACACUAAAGACAAGCUGGGACGCAUAGAUGCAUACACCACAAAGGCAAUACAUAUGUUGUUCGUCAGUGCCUCAGGAUCAUAGACGUGGGAGAAAUUCCUGUCCUUCGGCGGUGAGUCGUUGCCAAAUUAUCAAUGAACAGGCCCGAAGAUACUUGGUACGUUAAGUAACUUGAGUCAAACAGCUUUGCAUUGAUAGGCCGGCAGCACUUAUAAAAGCAAUUUCCGAACAGUGGUUUUUGCAUAGGAUGGUCAAG